AUGUCGGCCCUCCUCCGCUCGGGCGGCGUCGCUCGCGCGGCAGUUGCUGCUCGCGCCGCCACUACCAGCACCAGCAAUGCUAGCAAUUCUACGGCUAUGAUGACAUUAUCAGCACCGCCUGCGCACCGCCUCCGAGCAGCAGCAGCAACCUUCUCAACGACGGCGCGCCGUGAGGGCGGCGGCGGCAUGCAGUAUGACCCGCCGUCGGGCUGGCUGUGGGGCGUCAAACCGGGCGAGAAGUACCAGAACGAAGGGUGGGAAGGCCCCUUCUUCUACGGCUUCUGGGGCAGUAUUAUUGUUUUUGCCAUUGCGUAUGCGUUCAAGCCGGAUACUUCCAUCCAAACGUGGGCUUUGGAGGAGGCGCGCAGGAGAUUAGAAAUUGAGGGGAUCCUCGAGGAUCCGGAGAAGAAGUAA